AUGAAUGUGCAUUUCAGUAAUUACAUUUGUUCAAUUUGUGGCAGAGGUUUCGUCACAGAAAGGUUGUAUUCACGCCAUGUCAAAAGGCACGCAACUGAGGAAUUGAAAUGCAAGGAUUGUGAGAAAAUUUUCGGGAAUAAAGAGAAACUGCGUAACCAUCAGAAACUUGUGCAUUUAGGUGAUGCUAAGAGGAGUAAAUGCUUGAUAUGCGACGAAAGAUUCAUGGAUUACAGACAGAAGAUUCUGCACAUGGUUAAACUACAUGGAGCGAAGGAACCUUCGCUACUGUGUCAGGUUUGUAAUAGACAAUUCAACGAUCAGAGGAAUUUGACGAAGCACAUAAAGAAAGAUCACUUGCUGGAGAGGAAACACAAAUGCCAAGAGUGCGAGAUGGUGUUUUUCAGUUCCACAACGUUGAAGGUGCACAUGGCUAAACACACUGGACUGAGACAGUUCAAAUGCGACAUCUGUUUAAAGGCGUAUGCGCGGAAGAACACUUUAAGAGAACAUAUGCGUAUACACGCAAAUGAUCGUCGGUUUGGAUGCGAACAAUGCGGGCAGGCUUUCGUGCAGAAAUGUAGUUUGAGGAGUCACAUGCGAUCUAAACAUGGCACAACUCUGUAG